AUGAAUGAUACGAAUGGUAAAAAAAUUGCUUAUUAUAAUCUUAGUGUCAGCAUCAAAGGAUCAGCACACCUGAAACUGUGUGCUCAAGCACAAUUCUUUCAAAUAAAACUAUUACUUUGCCCAAUAGAAGAUCAUUUAAAAUUUCUAACAAAAAAUUUGGCAAUUCCAAUACUUCCACAUCCACCACAAUCCAGUAAUAAAGACAAUUGUGUUAUCAGUCUAAAUAAUUUUGUUCAAUGGUUAGGUGAUCAAGCAGAAGCUGAAAAUGUAGAGCUCUACGUUAACUUUGCUGGCAGUGAGGUAUUGUAUAAUCAGGAUGGAAGUGUGCGUGGAGUGGCAACAAAUGAUAUGGGAUUAGACAAAAAUUUCAAACCAAAAAGCAAUUUUGAGUGA